GGGGAGGGGCUCUGGAUCAGGGAGAGGAUGACGGGGAACGGUUUUCAGCUGAAAAGAGGGGAGAUUGAGAUGAGAUCUUGGGGAGAAAUGUUUUCCUGUGGGGGUGGGGAGGCCCUGGCCCAGGUUUCCCAGAGAAGCAGUGGCUGCCCCAUCCCUGGAGGGGUUCCAGGCCAGGUUGGAUGGGGCUUGGAGCCCCUGAUCCAGUGAGAGGUGUCCCUGCCCAUGGCACAGGGUGGAACCAGAUAGGCUUUGAGGUCCCCUCCAACCCAAACCAUUCCAUGAUUCUAUGUAAUGCCUGGUUGUCCUGGGAGCUGUUCCUCUGCCAGAGAAAGCAGAUGCUUGGGGCAAAAUAACAGCAGCUGCGCUCUUACAAAUGCUCAGUUUAAAAAGCCCUUUUCUUGAGCGGAGCUUGGGGCUUCUCCUAAAGAAAAUGGAUGUAUCCAAGACACUAUGCCAGGGAAGCGCACUGCGAAGAAGAGCCCAGUGGCAGCAGAAGAGUCUCCUGGAAGGAAGAAGUUUAAAGUCUCCCACCCAUCUCACCGGACACAGCCUGGGCUGGUGCUGACGCUGGGGCAGGGAGAUGUCGGCCAGCUGGGCCUCGGGGAGGAUGUGAUGGAGAGGAAGAAGCCAGCCCUGGUGCCGUUGCCAGAGAUGAUUGUGCAGGCAGAAGCCGGAGGGAUGCACACGGUGUGCCUCAGCCAGACAGGAAAAAUCUACACCUUUGGCUGCAACGAUGAAGGUGCCCUUGGGCGCGACACCUCAGCAGAAGGGUCAGAGACCACACCAGGGCUGGUGGAGCUGCAGGAAAAGGUGGUGCAGGUCUCUGCGGGGGACAGCCACACCGCUGCGCUGACGGACGAUGGCAGGGUUUUUGUCUGGGGCUCUUUCCGGGAUAACAACGGGGUGAUUGGCUUGCUGGAGCCCAUGAAGACGAGCUCCGUUCCGGUGCUGCUCCAGCUCGGUGCGCCUGUCGUUAAAAUUGUCUCAGGGAAUGACCACCUAGUCAUGCUGACGGUGGACGGUGACCUCUUCACAUGUGGCUGUGGCGAGCAGGGCCAGCUGGGGCGAGUGCCGGCGCUCUUUGCCAACCGAGGAGGAAGGAAAGGGCUGCAGCGCCUGCUGGUCCCUCAGUGCGUCCCUGUCAGAGGCAAAGGCAACAGAAGCAAAGUCCGCUUCCAGGAUGCCUUUUGUGGAGCUUACUUCACCUUCGCCGUCACGCAGGAGGGACACAUCUAUGGGUUCGGCCUCUCCAACUACCACCAGCUGGGGACCCAGGGCACCGAGCCCUGCUUCUCCCCGCAGAACCUGACGUGCUUCAAGAAUUCCACGAAGUCCUGGGUUGGAUUUUCUGGCGGGCAGCACCACACGGUGUGCGUCGACUCGGAGGGUAAAGCCUACAGCCUGGGCAGGGCCGAGUACGGCCGGCUGGGCCUUGGGGCAGGGGCCGAGGAGAAAAGCACACCCACGGUCAUCUCAGAGCUCCCCAGCAUCUCUUCCGUCGCAUGUGGCGCAUCUGUUGGCUACGCUGUCAGCACUGAUGGACGAGCGUUUGCCUGGGGCAUGGGCACCAACUACCAGCUGGGCACGGGGGAGGAGGACGAUGUCUGGAGCCCCGUGGAGAUGACGGGCAAGCAGCUGGAAAACCGCACGGUCCUGGCCGUGUCCAGCGGCGGCCAACACACAGUGCUGCUGGUCAAGGACAAGGAGCAGAGUUGAUGAAGCGACAGCGCACAGCUGAGCCCAGCGGGAUGCCGGGAUCCAUGCACACCCCCCCACCUUCCUCCUGGGUCGGGCGACCGGUUUCCAGCUCUACGUUCCCUGCUGAUGGUGGUGGAGAGGGCAGGAGGCUCCUGGAGCCGGGUCCUGGCAGCGUCUGCGUGGCUGGAGCAGGGCUCUUCAGGGAUGCUCAUGUUUUCUCCCUGCAAGCGUGUGUCUGUCUUCCCGUGGUGCCUGGUGCUCUGUCAGCUCCUCCAGGUCUGCUUGGUCCUAAACUGAUCUCAGUGCUGUGGCUGGAUGGGUUUUCCAUUUCUCAUUUGUGUUUUUUUCAGUAGUUCCAAGCCUGGCAAAACCAAGAGCCUUGUUCUUCACUAAAGAAAACAGUUUGGGCAUUAAGCUUUCUGAGAUCCCCCUAUUUCCCCAGUCUUUGGGUGCUCCCCCCAUCCCUUUAACCUGGACAUUUUUUACCUCUCUGACUUGGAUUUGUCGCUCCCCACCCUCCAAACCUCUCUGGGCUCAGUCUGAGGGAGAUCUCAGGCCAGCAGAACUGCUCCCGGGGAGCUCUCUUCUCACACUUGAGCCUGUGGUGGAGAGGGGAAUGCUGCUGGAGAAUGCCCAGCCUGUGCCGCACACAGAGCUGCGGCUGCUGGAAAAGGGGGGCUCCUGCCUCCCACCCAUCACCACUUGUGGGUCUGAGCCGGUUCUUCUGCUUCUGCCUGGAGCAGCCACCUCCAGCACUGCUUUUUGCAGUCCCAGCCACUUUUGCUCUUUCCCAUUGCCUUCAGAAAGCUGAAAAACUCCACCCCAUGGUUGAGGACUUUGUUAUUUUAACUUUUUCUCUUCCCUUCGCUGAGGAAAGAGCUUCAUUUGCUGUUAGGGCCUCACUGAGAAGACAGAACCAAAACCCAGCUAUGCAGCGAAUCGCUCGGAACAACGGGAAUUCCUCCUCCUUGUCGCCUCGGAGCUCGCUCUCUGCGCCCGGCCUGCCCCAUCUUCUCUUUCCGUGCUGCCUUCCAGGUACCGGGAGUGAGAAGCGGGUCUGCAAAGUUUCAAUUUUAUACGUUAAGUUAUAGCAGUAGGGGGAAGGUGUGUGCGGGGCUUGUACAAUGGAUCAGAACAGGUUAGAUUUUUUUAAAAGAAAAUGUAAAGUUAUUUUGGUUGAUUAAUUCAGGAAGAGUGGAAAAAAAACCUGUACUCUUUUAAUGUUUGCAAUAAAUUCAGUUUUGAUAAACCCU